AUGUACAAAAUGGAAAACUCUGUGGUGUAAUGCACUUUAAUCAAAACUUUUCCAAAGGUCUGCAAAACCGAAUACAAUAUCAACUUCACACGAGUGAUUCCGAUCUUAACGCCAGUGAAAUUACAAUUAACCUCGAUAUGAGUGAUACACAAACUGGGCUUUUUAUACAGAGAAAGCUAUCCAAGCGUUUUAUGGAAGUUCUUCAGGAUAUUAUGAGAGAUUGCAAAUAUUCGAUAAAAUUGAUUGAUCUACCCAUUAAAUUUGAAGAUCCUAUUUAUGGUAAAAGUGACUACAAUUAUAAAGAUUUCGCGAUACCGUCAGCCAUAUUAGCAUUUAUCUUCUAUUUGAGUGUCACAAUCUCUACCGACCUGAUACUCGCAGAUCGGUCGGACGGUCUCUGGAACAGAAGUGCGGUCCAAGGAGUCAGGACAGAAGAAAUCUUGCUAUCUCACAUUCUUUACCAGAGUUUAAACGCACUUAUCGAUACCAUCCUGUUAAUUCUCAUAUUCUUUGUUCUAUUGAGUACGGAUUAUAAUGGAUCGAUAUUCCUCAUAUUCUUUGUCGUAUUUCUCAGCGGCUUUUGCGGAUUGAUAUUGGGUUUAUUUAACUCUGUUUGGUCCAAAAAUCACGCCGUGGCGCAUUUCUUUUCGGCUGGAAGUUUUCUCCUGCUACUAAUGGUUAGCGGAACUAUGUGGCCGUUGGAGGGAGUGCAAAAAUAUCUUCGCUGGUUUAUGUACGCUAUGCCAAUUAGUUUGCCCUCCGUAUCCAUGAGACGACUCAUUUACAAAGGUACUUCUAUAUUUAAGUGGGAAGUUUUAAGUGGCAUCCUUACGAGUUUAACAUGGAUAUCGUUUAUUCUUCUGGUGACUAUAUUAUAUUUAAGACGGAAAAUCUAGUGAUAUUUGGAAAAGACAAUUUUUUUGAAAGAAAUCAGAAUGAGUUCAGUUGAAGUAUGAGUGUAUUUCAACUAACUAAAAUGUGUAGACGCUUGAUAAUAUUAGAGGAUAUUAAGACACGGUUCUAUUAAUUUAUUGUCAUGGCUCGAGGAGUACAAUUUCGGAGUAAAUGGGCGAAGGGAGCGCUAAUUGUUGCCUACCGGCGAAAUCGGAGUAACCGGUGUGGCACUUCAAAUUUUGAAGUCAGGGUACUCGUACGUGUAAGGUAGGAGUUGAAACAGCCGUUGAUUUCUCGUGUUAGCGCAAAAUGAGAGUAGCGUUGAUUCUUAUCGUCAAAUAAAAGAUACGGUGGCGAUGGAUAGCGAAGCUUGAGUGAGAUCGUGGCGAAUCAGUAAAAAUUUGUAAAAAUACAGAAAAAUAAGUCAUGAAAUAAACUCAUUAUAAUAUUUAAGAACUAUAUUCUUUGGUUCAAUAACUAUAUUCUUUGGUUCAAUGGUUACUUUAAAAUCAGAUAACUGUUUCAUAGUCAUGUUUCUUGGUUGUUAUAGAUAAUAUUUUGUGAAAUCGUUAUAUGUGUACAAGCUGCAGUGAUAUCUUCUCUUAACAUAGGGGUAAAAUAUAGUUUAUACAAAUCAUAAGUGUUCGAGCUUGACACCUUCAUUAAAAUAGUUUAAAAAAUAAAAAUUAAUAUAAUUCUAAACAUUUUAAGUUUGUGAAAUGCUGUUUAAUCUUAUAAAAGUAUGAAAAUGCUAGAACUUGAUACCUUAAUUGCUCAUUUAUAUUUUGUCACUUAUUUUUGUGUGUUUGUGAUUUAAACUUGAUUAUCUAGUCUAGAUAAACAUGCUUCUAUUAUGUCAUACUAUUUAAAUAGUUGUAACAUCUUCCUUCAUAGGAGGUGGCAUUUUACUCAUAUAUGUUGGGCACAAUGUCAGUUUUAAAGUAUUUACCUAAUUUUUUUGCUCAAAUAUCUAGAAUGUCGAAAUUUUAAUUGUAUUAUUAGUACGAAUAAAUAAAAGUCUCAAAAAUAUUAUAUUAAUUAUUCGUCGUUUAAUUUCAUAACGUGAAAUUAUGUCUGAAGAAAGGCAUAAGACAUCUUCCCCCGAUUUACCUUAAAGGAGAAAGGUCAAAUUUUUUAAAGCCAAAUUAGUUCAGUAAAGCCAAAUAUAUAUAUAUAUAUAUAUACAUAUAUAAAACAAAAAAAAUACAAGGCUGAAAAUUCUCUUAUGAAGAAACUGUUUAGUAUUAAGUUCCCAGGUAUUACCACUAAUUAAAUGAAAACUUUCUAAAGAUGUAAAAACUUAUUAAUUUUAGAGGAUAUACAAAUACAUUCGUAUCAUAAUGGUAAUAUAAAAUAAUUCAGAAUGUU